GAAAAAAAGUUAUCACAAACUAGCAUCAAUUAGUUGUGAACAUGGCGGCGCUGCUGGGUCUUCUAACUAUUCUCUACAUUGCAAUUAUUGUGCAAUCCGUCUCGGGUUACGAACAAUGCAAUAAAUACGAUGAACCGAUAGACAUUAGGCUACCAAAUAUGAACACUAAAUUAAAUGGAGUAUGCUUACAUGCAAUGUAUGAACGAGAUCCGGGUAAAAGUCAUAUGACUUCAUCGCCUUUCAUAGUGAUAAGUUUAGCUCAACUAUAUCUCUUCAGUCGUGAGCCAACCACUUCUCAAAUAGGAAAUUAUUUGAAUCUAAGAAACGUGGAAGAGAUCAAAUAUAUUUUUCCUGACACCGUAGAAAAAUUUAAUUCUAGGGGUAGAAAUGACAUUACUUGGAAAAUUAAAGUAUAUGUGAAUAGCUCACGUAUUUAUACUAAUGAAUUCGAGGAGAUUUUCGAUACGUACUUCUUUGGCAAAGUUGAUCACGUCAAUUUUAGCAAACGGUGUAAGGCAGCUCGUGUUAUCAAUAAAUGGUUUGAUAAUCAAAUCAGUGAUCCGGGCGUCGAGACUCUAAGCUGUGAUGCGAUACAAAAACACAUGGGCAUGGUGUUCGCAAAUACUUAUAACAUUGAGGCUGAUUUGUCCGGAAGUUUUAGGCCAUUAUGCCUCAAAAACAUGGACUUUUAUUUAAGCGAAUCGCAGACUUUUGAGGUACCAGCGCUACAUGGAAUCGGCAUGGUCAAGUAUGGACGAAUCGGUUCUUAUGGACAUGGAUACCGAAUACAACUCAAGGAUAGUUUAAACUCAUUGCUGUUGGUGGUUGGAGAUAUACCAAAACUGUUGGAGUUAUUCCGAGAUUACAAAAUCUUCAAUGCAUUUGUGAAUAGCUUUAAAGAUACUAAUAUCACUCUUACAUUCCCUUAUUUAAAUGUAAAGGGAAGAGAUGACUAUGCAGUUCAUUUUAAAGCGGGUAAUAUCCUACCUUCACUAUUUAGGUCGCAUGGUGGUGAAUUCAAUAAUGUAUUUAUAAAUGACGAUUCUGUAUACAUAUCUAAUCUGUUGCAAAAAAAUAGUAUUAAAUUCAACGAAGGAUUACAGCAGUGCGAUGCAGAUUCGAAAGAGGAUUCAGAGGAAAGUCAUUUCCCAAACCAUGUGAUUGAUGGCCCCUUCUUGUAUUACUUUUUAUGUAAUAUCUCGCCAAUGUUAAGUGGGACAUGCUAUGGUGAUUGUCACCACGGCAGAGAAUGCUGAGAAAGUUUAUUUUAAUUUUUCUAUAAAAUAAUAAUUUUAAACGAACAUUAUAAUUUUAUAUUUUGUACGUGUAAAUUUAACUAUAUAACAA